UAAAUUUGCUAGCCUAGUAGAUUCAUUGAGAAGAACAGCUAAUUAGCUGACUCGGCCGCAGAAGAGGAAGCCGCAGGAAAAGCGUUGACUGACGAAGAUCGGCGGGCGCAGAGCCCUGUGCUCCGCCUCCUGCUGCUUCCUGGCAUUGUACAUUUCGUCCGUCUCCACGGCGACCAAUCGCUUCACUUGGCCAUUCAGCAAUGAAUACAAAUGAGAAGAAAGUCGAGAAUCCAGGAGGCGAUCAAAAAGGAGAGAAAGGGAUGGAAGCUGGUUGAGCAUGCCGAGGAGAGAUGGGGUUGUGCGGUGGAUGACGAUUUGGUGGCAGCGGCGGAGGUGGAGGCGGCGGGUGCCAGGGAGGCCGCGCACCAACGUUAUGGACAGGCGAGGGCUCCACGCGAUUGGCACCCGCGCCUUGAAGGCAUUGAACGCGCUUCCGCUCAUCUCCGAUCCCUCUCUACGCCGACGAACAACCGACGAUGGCCAGUGGUUAUUUCGGCCCAAUCCCAUGAGAGCCCAAAUUAAUGGCCCAAUCAAAUCUCACUGCUGUGCUGUGGCAGCGCCUCCACGACUCCGCUAAUGUAUAUCGGACGUGGCGCUGUUUCUCACUCGAACAAGAAGAGGCAGAUGGGGAGGCUUUCCAUCCUCCACUCCCUCCGCCUCCUUCCUUCACUUUCCCCCCUUCGUCUUUCCUCCAUUCGCCAGUCACGGCGCCUCUCCGCUUUCGCUCGUCGUCAAAUUAGGUCGGAGUUGUCUUUGUCAUUUGGUAGUCAUCUAAUCCCACACCCUGCAAAAGUUGAUAAGGGCGGUGAGGAUGCCUUCUUGGUGAGCAACCACAAUGGGGGAGUUUUUGCAAUUGCCGAUGGUGUUUCGGGUUGGGCGGACCAGAAUGUGGAUCCUGCUCUAUUUUCAAGGGAGCUGAUGGCAAAUGUUUCAGAACUAAUAGUGGAUGAAGAGGUCAAUUAUAAUCCUCAAGUACUCAUGAGAAAGGCCCAUGCUGCUACCUCUUCUAUAGGUUCAGCUACCGUUAUAAUUGCAAUAUUAGAGAAGAACGGAAUCCUUAAAGUGGCAAAUGUUGGAGAUUGUGGGUUGCGACUUAUUCGGAGAGACCAAGUAGUUUUUGCUACAUCUCCACAAGAUCACUAUUUUGAUUGUCCAUAUCAGUUGAGCUCAGAGAUUUAUGGCCAAACGUAUCAGGAUGCCACGGUAUGUAGUUUAGAGUUGAUUGAAGGAGAUACAGUUGUCAUGGGUUCAGAUGGCCUUUUUGACAAUAUCUUUGAUCAUGAAAUAAUUUCAGCUCUCUCUGGAUCUCAAGAUGUCUCCGAAGCUGCAAACAAACUAGCCAAUCUAGCACAUUAUCACUCUAUGGAUUCAAAUUUUGAUUCACCGUAUUCCUUGGAAGCCAGAAGCAGGGGCUUUGACGUACCCUGGUGGAAGAAAGUCCUUGGAACAAAACUAGUUGGGGGCAAGUUAGACGACAUCACUGUCAUCGUGGGUCGAGUAAUAAGAAUAAGCUUGUCGGACAACAACGAACAGGAGGAGAUUGCAAGCUCCACGUUUUGAUGUUUACGGGAGAUCACAAGACCAUUUCUUGCUAUUUAAUUUCUUAAUUUUACAAUUGCUGUGUACCACUAUUAACAACACUCUUGUUAUUCAUGCAAAAUUCUACUGAUUUUGAAAGAAAUAAGUAUAUUAAUCUUUUUU